AUAAAAUUUGAUUAAUUAAAAUCCCGUUAGAUACAAUCAGUUGUCAUUUCUAAGUCUAUCACGCUCAAGAACUCACAUUUCCCUUUUUUCGGGUAAAAAUAUGGACCUGAAAUACUACUGGUAGUAAUACAAUUGUUUUGAAGACAAUUUUCUUGGUUGUAGGUUUGCAGCACAAUAGAUAAAAGAGAUGGAGCUAAAGUCCGAUAUUCGAUUUUAUGUAUAGUAACAGAAAUCUAUUAUAUAAAUGCAGUAUUUUAAAAUCACCAUUAACAUUAGUUCUAUCACUGCCUCAAACACCGUUUUAAUGAAGGUGAGAUUCAACCUUAAAACUCUUCAAUGAAAAGCUUGACUCCAUUGACAAUCAUAUCAGAUAAACCUUGUCAGGACAAAACAGUUGAUUACCCUUGUAGUUAAUUUCAUGGCAUCUCCUGGUUAAAUGCUUUUACUUUAAUGCUCCUCUCACUGUCUCACUUUUUCCAUGGCAUCUCCUCUUCACACUUCAGAGCUCCUUUUGGUUCAGUUGCAGCCAUUGUCAAACAACCAAAGGGGUUUACGACUGUAGGUUUUGCCAUUUUGGUUUUAUGAAUUGGAAAUCUCAGACCAUAACAAGUCAGAUUGGAAACAAACCCUAAUUGUCAAGAAAUUUGAAAAUCAAAAUUUGUCUAUACAGAACAAUAUGAAAUCCAUCUAGCUGUAAAAUUCAGAUGCUACUUGUAGUGUUCUGAAUACUUAUUUGCAUCAGACCAAUCAAUCUCCCAGCUUUUUUUCACAGCUUUGAAUCAUUUGAAUCAUUUUUAAACCAAGGUAACAUCACGGGGGGAAGUCCGAAUUGUUUUUUUUUGUUUUUUUCUUUCCAAAGAAAAGGAUUUUGAAAAGUCAGAUUGAACAGAGAUUUAACACUGUCCAUGCAAGUGUCCCAAGCCAAUUACUUGAAAAUGCCACACAGCGUAACACUGUUUUACUGUGACAAGGAAGCCACAUCUUCAAUGCACUGACUAGGGGAUUCUUUGUCGGCUAACUUGUUGUCUUUUUUGGUAACUUUUCAUGUACGACAACAAAGGGAUCGUACCUUUUCAUGACAAAUUUUCCUGAAAGCAGUGUAAAAAACUAAAAAUAGUUCCAAAUACAAGAACAGAUAGUCUCACCACAAAGAGAAAUGCCAUUGAGCGGGAUCAAGAUAACCCUUCUUUGUCCGUUGGUUUAUUUUGAAUUUCAAAAUAUCGAACAGUAUAAUUGGACGUUGUAAACCCACUAUACCUGUAACCCCAAACCCACAUUCCCCACAUUUGCCCCACGUUUCUCUCUCUUUCCUUCUGGUUUCUGGUUCUUUGUUGUUACCCAAAACUUUGUAUUUUGGGCUCUUUGGGAGCUUUAUUUCAGCUCUUUUCAUUUGGGUAUUCUUGCUUUAAGUUUUCACUCAACCUGCUUUCUUUUUCUACAAAAAGUGAAGAGUUUUCUUCUUCGAGCCUUGUCGAAGACUCGAAGUCCUAUUUUUUCAAAAACAAUUUCCUUUUUCUCGCUCUUAUCCUGUUUUUAAUUAUUCUCAUUGCUGCCCAUUUCCUUUGUCUUACCAAGUUGCCUUCUUUUGAGCUAGUUGAGAUCAAACUUGUUUCAUUUCUCCAUUUGUUUCUUCCCUCAAAGAAAAAAAAAACUGUUUUUUAUAGCUCUGACAAAAUAUAUACCUUGAACUGUCAAUGGGUGCUUCAGGGAAAUGGGUGAAAUCACUUAUUGGUAUUAAGAAGACUGAAAAAGAGGACCAAGAAAAGGUGAAUAGCAAAAGUAAGAAAUGGAGGUUAUGGAGGAGUUCUUCAGGGGACUUGGGGUCCUCAUGGAAGGGUUUUAAAGGAAAGUUAAAAGCAGAUUCUGAAGAAUCUGAUUCUUCACCAAGGAAUGAUGCUUUCAUCGCUGCAAUGGCCGCAGUAGUUCGAGCUCCUCCUAAAGAUUUCAGAGUUGUAAGGCGAGAAUGGGCUGCUAUCCGCGUCCAAACUGCUUUUCGUGGCUUCUUGGCAAGAAGGGCUUUGAGGGCUUUAAAAGGAAUUGUGAGGCUUCAAGCCUUAGUUCGUGGUCGACAGGUGAGGAAACAGGCUGCUGUGACAUUUCGGUGCAUGCAAGCUCUUGUUCGUGUUCAGGCUCGUGUUAGGGCUCGUCGUGUGCGUAUGUCCAUAGAGGGGCAAGCGGUUCAGAAGAUGCUUGAUGAACACCGCAGCAAGGCUGAUGUCCUGAAACAAGCAGAGGAUGGCUGGUGUGAUAGCAAAGGAACACUGGAAGAUGUUAAAACAAAGCUACAGAUGAGGCAAGAAGGAGCCUUCAAGAGAGAAAGAGCCCUUGCUUAUUCUCUUGCUCAGAAGCAAUGGAGAUCAAAUCCUUGUUCUAUUACCCAAACAAAUAGUUCAAUUCCAUAUCUCAAAAACCAAGAGUUUGAGAAGAAUAGUUGGGGAUGGAGUUGGCUAGAACGGUGGAUGGCAGCCCGGCCGUGGGAGACUAGAUUGAUGGAACAAUUAGAUGCUGACCCUUCAGAAGCAACUCCACCAUCAAAAAGUUGUUCAGAGUGCCUUGUGGGAAAGAAUACAAGAUCUUCCGAACCAUGCUUAGUAAAAGUCAGAAAGAACAAUAUCACCACUAGGAUUUCUGCAAACCCUCCCCAUAUUGGUCAAGUUACUCGUUCGUCUUCAAGUCCAAGUUCUGAAUUUCGAUAUGAUGAGAGCUCUGCUUCAUCUUCAAUAUGCACUUCUACCACACCAGUUUCUGGAAACACUAUCCUGGCUUCAGAUAGAACAGAAGAGAGUGGCAAUAGUAGGCCAAACUAUAUGAACUUGACGGAGUCUACCAGGGCAAAACAAAGAGCUGGCAAUUAUGCCUUUCACAGAAUUCAAAGGCAGUCCAUGGAUGAGUUCCAGUUCAAGAGAUCAGCUGCUUUCUAUAAUGGCGAUUCAAAAAGUAGUGCUGGUUCUGAUCCUUCAGUCCAUAUGCCUCGACCACUAUAUCCACCCAAAGCUCGGUGAAAACCAGGGAGAGUGGCAAUUGCUUGCAUGAAUAGAUGGAUUAAUUGCAUGUUCUUUUCUUGAAAUGUCCAACAUCUUGUUGUUCAUUUUUGUUGAAAUGUGUGCACUAAGAUGAGAGCAAUCUAUGGCAAACACCUUAUUGAGUAUUUUGUAUCUGAUUCGAGGACAAUCCAUUCUGUACAAUUGUUCAUUUAGCUCUUCCUUGAAUCACUUUUACUCCAGUUUUUAGCAUUUAUAUGACUGAGGAAAUACAACUCAGCCACAUAUAACAUUAAUCUUC